CUUCUUCUUCAUUCUCUCUCUCUCUCUCUCUCGCGGAGAGAGAUCUUUCCUUGCAAGUUCACUUGUGCGUGUCCCUUGGAAAUUGAAAACCGUAGCUAGCUCUCAUUCUUUUUAACUCUCUCUAUCCCCCGUGUUCCCUCUUGUCUUUCUUCCUUCUGUCUCGCCUCCUCUGAUUUCGAAAGUUUCGAUUUUUUUGUUUGUUUGUCGAAAACCUCUUCUUCUCUUCUAAUCGUCGAUCAUGGAGAGAUCCGAUUCCAGGGAUUUAUACAACUUUGCUCGCGCUUCCUCAGCAGAUCAGAAGAGUUCGGUCUUUGACGCAUCUCAGUAUGAUUUCUUUGGGAAAAAUCUUGACGAAAUGUCAUUGGGAGGUUUAGACGAUGAUGAAGCGAUCGCUCCUGUUCUCGGACUUGCUGAUGCUGAUGCUUAUGCUGAUGAUGAGUAUCACUUGUUUGAUAAAGCAGAGGCUCCAGGUUUAGGAUCAUUAUCCGACAUGGAUGAUCUUGCCACUACUUUUGCAAAGCUAAACAGAGUUGUUACCGGACCUAAACACCCUGGUGUUAUUGGUGACAGAGGUUCAGGAUCCUUUUCAAGAGAGAGUUCUUCUGCUACGGAUUGGACAUACGAUCCAGAGCUCACAAGCUGGUUGGACGAACGAGAUCAAGAGGCUAAUAGAUGGUCCGCACAGCCACAAUCAUCUGCUCAACCAAUUUACAGGACAUCCUCCUAUCCUCAGCAGCCACCGCAGCUCCAGCACCACAAUAGCGAACCAAUAAUUUUACCAGAAUCAGCUUUCACUUCCUUUCCUCCGCCUGCUAGCAGAUCUCAGCACACUUCACUUGGAAAUCUCCAUCGUGCUCCUUCUCUUCCUGGUGGUUCUCAGUUCAAUUUUACCCCGCUGUCAAGUUCUAAUUCUCAUCUUUCAGGAUUGCCGCAGUGGCCUCAGUACAGUGGUAAUUUGACUAGACAUGCCUCGUGUGGCCCCACGCUUGGUAACAUGGCGCAACCUCAUUGGUUCACUGAUCCUGGUCUUCUGCAACAACAGCACCAACAGUUGCCUCCUCGGAAUGAUCUUUUGGCACAGCACAUGAUGGCCCUCCAGCAGAGACAAUCGUAUGCUCAACUUGCUGCGAUACAGUCCCAACUGUAUAGUUCCUAUCCUUCACCAUCAUCACGUAAAGUCCCUUUCGGUGUUGGUGACGUUAGGGAACAACACAAACACAAGUCAUCAUCUCACAGAAGUCGAAAGAACAAAGGCAUCUCCCAACAGGCAUCAUCAGACGCAGCUAGUCAGAAGAGUGAAAGUGGAUUGCAGUUUAGAUCAAAAUACAUGACUUCUGAAGAAAUAGAGAGUAUACUCAAGAUGAAGCACUCUAAUUCGCACAGCAAUGAUCCUUACGUCAAUGACUAUUACCACCAAGCUCGCCUUGCCAAGAAGUCUAGAGCAACAAUCUCACACUUCUACCCUUCUCAGCUGAAGGAUCACCAGCCUCGGUCUCGUAAUAGUUCUGAACAGCAUCAACAAGUUCAUGUAGAUGCUCUUGGAAAGAUUACACUUCCUUAUAUCCGCAGGCCACGUGCGUUGCUCGAGGUGGACUCUUCCCCUGGCUCUAAUGAUAAAGGCUCAGGGAAACAUUUGGAGCAGGAACCUCUUGUGGCAGCUAGGGUUACAAUUGAAGAUGCACUUGGAGUUCUUAUUGACAUAGUUGACAUUGACAGGCAUCUCCAGUCCACAAGGCCUCAGGACGGAGGUGCUCUUGUCAAGAGAAAGCGGCAGAUUCUCCUAGAAGGAUUAGCCACAGCACUCCAACUUGCUGAUCCGUUUAGCAAAACCAAUCAGACUGCUAAGGAUGAUGUUGUCUUUCUCCGUAUAGCGACUCUUCCGAAGGGCCGUAAAAUGCUUACAAAGUACAUACAGCUUCUGGUUCCAGGCACUGAGAUUGCUCGAGUUGUCUGCAUGGCUAUAUUCCGCCACUUGAGAUUUUUAUUUGGCGGCUUGCCUUCAGAUGGUUUAGCAGCAGAGACGGUUGUGAGUCUUGCCAAAGCAGUCACGGUCUGCGUCCAAGCCAUGGACCUACGAGCGCUGAGCGCUUGCCUUGCAGCUGUAGUGUGUUCCUCAGAGCAGCCGCCUCUGCGUCCUAUUGGAAGCUCUGCUGGAGAUGGUGCUUCAAUUGUCUUGAUAUCUCUUCUCGAGAGAGCAGCUGAAGUUGUGGUGGUGGUUCCUCCUCGAGUCAAUCAUGAUGGUCUAUGGAGAGCGUCAUUUGAUGAGUUCUUCAACCUUCUUACCAAAUACUGCAGGAGCAAGUAUGAGACGAUCCGCAGCCAGAACCAAGGGAGCGCAGCUGAUGUUUUGGAGGUGGCGAUAAAGAGGGAAAUGCCUGCUGAGCUUUUACGAGCGAGCAUCCGUCACACCAGUGACGACCAGAGGAACUAUUUGUUGAACUUUGGCCGUAAACCGUCGGCUAUUAUUAGUGAGUCGGCGUCGCAUGCAACGGGUGGGCAGAUCAACUCUGAAUCUGUGAGGGGUUUAUCAAAAGGAGAGAGAGAAGUGAUAACUAAUGGGGCUUAGAAGAUUUCCAGUUUUGGAUCAAACAAACAGUCAAGGGGUGUGUAUGUGUGGACUCAGGAGCCAAACUUGUAAGUAACCUGGUGGUGUAGGAAUCUUUUCACAAGGGUUUCUUUUACUUUGAACUCUUUUCUUAUUAUAAUGGUGGACAAAUGCAAACACUGCGUGGUUGUGUAUUAAUGAUGAUGAGAAAGAAUGUGAAAGAUGGUGUAGGUUAUGGGAAGACGAUAUGUCUUCUCCUAGGGGAGCCAUAUUUUGAUGCUCUUUUUGUUGAAAACUGCAACAUUGUUAGGGAACAAAAUAGGGGUGUUUGUGUACAGAACGAUGAUGAGCAGGUUUAAGUUCUGGAAGCAGCUGGGAAAGGGAGUUAGAAGUUUGUUAUCUGACAUUGUUUCUUUAGUCGUGUAAUAAUAAUCACAACACACAAAAACCCUCCUUUGAAAACUA